AAGGCAUCCUUUGAUGAGAUGAGUUAUAGCGAAUAACUGACUAUGGAGAAGGAGAACCCUUCACAAACCAUACAAACCACAAACACAGACAGAGUCUACUGACACUAACACACCCAACCCAAUACAAAAUGACGACGGGAAUCGUACGCGACCAGAAUCUCAACCUGGAGAAACACAUUCACAAGCAAAUGGGCUGCAUGGCUGGCUUCCUUCAAAUCUUCGAUCGCCACCAAAUACUCACCGGAAAACGCAUCUACUCCGCCAAACGACUCCCUCCGGCAUCCAAUCCAUCGCCGGAACCCGACAAACCCGUCUCCUCUCCGGCGCGUUCGACUUCUUCUCCGGCGCGAGAGCCGCACUCUGAUGCCAAGGUGGCUCUCCCCGUUCUGGAAUUCAAGGAGGGAACAAGGUCUCCCUGGAAGUUCUCCAGAGAAUCUCCCAGACUCUCUCUCGACAGCAGAGCCAUCGUCGACGCCAAAGGAAGCAUUCACCCCAGAGACACCCCAACCAACAACCUCCAAAACGACGCUGACAGACAGCGUCGUUCCACCAGCGUCAUCGCUAAGCUCAUGGGCCUCGAGCCCUUACCAGAUUCCGAUCCCCAACCCAUCAUCAAGCUCCGAAGAUCCGCAUCCGAGUCCAGAGUCUCCCGAGAUCUGCCACUCCCACUGCCGCAGUGUCGUUUCUUCGACUCCAACACUUUUCAGUUGAACCCAAACACUCAACCUACCAAUGUGGUCCACGAGAAUUACAAUGCUGCCAUCGAUAACUCGUUAUCCAAUCGCAGAACCGCAGAUCCAUCGGAACCACCCAGAACUCCUCUUCAUCCUAGGCAAAGGGGAACUGUAGCGCUCAAGAAGAGUUUCUAUGACACUGCCGAUUUCUUCCCCGAGCCAAAACACACCGUUUCAAUCUACGGAGAGAUCGAGAGGAGGUUGAGGAUGCGAGGGAUUAACGAGCCUUCUAAGGAUCUCCAUACUCUCAAACACAUCUUAGAGGCCUUGCAGCUUAAGGGGCUUUUACAUUCCAACAAACCCGACCAAUCUCCCAUCGUCGUUAUGAAACCUCUCCGAUCUUCAAGUCCGGUGAACCGAGCCGGAAACGAUUCUCCUCCUCCACUCCGGUCUAGCCCUCGCGCUCGCCGGACCCCAAGUCCAGUGAACGAUGCCCGCAGGAAUGACCGGGCGGGAACCGUAAGAACUGAAGCUCGGAGCCCGAAUCGGAGGAAGGUGUCUAACGCGGAACCGCAGAGGAGGAGAGUGAGUAACGAGGGUGGUGUUGAUUCGAAAAGGGUGUCUCCGGUUCAUUCGCCGAAGGUCAAUGCGAGAAGGAAUGGAACGGGUCAGCACGUGACAAGUGGAUCGCCCAGGAUGAGAAAAGUGAAGGAGAAGGUUUUGGGUGGGGCAGAGGAUGAAUCGUCCACGGUUUCAGACAACAGCUUCAGCACCUCCUCACAUCCCGAUGCAGAGAGGUACAAGUUGGAAGAGUACAGGGAAGGGAGGGAUCUGCUGGAUAGGUGCGAUAAACUGCUUAACAGCAUAGCAGAGAUAACUGCAGCGAACGAGUUGCAACCGAGUCCAGUAUCGGUUCUUGACUCGUCGUUUUACAAGGACGAGUGGUGUUCACCUUCCCCAAUAACCAAACGCUGCAUUGAUUACAAAGAUCAAGCGGCGGAGUCAGAAGAUGAUGUGUGGAGUGCGGCUUUGUGCAGCAGCAGCGAAGGGAAAUCGGAGGAGGCAGGAUCGGAGGACUGUGAUUUCGUUUACGUGUCGGAGAUCCUUCGUGCGUGUAGUUACUUGCCAGAAGAGAGCGACAUUUUCUUGUUACUGGAGAAGCAGCAGUGUCUGAAGGGAAAGGACACAUCAGAGGCUUCCACGCUGCGGAGGCGAGUGAUUUUCGACACGCUUCAGGAAAUCCUGAACCGGAACCAACAGUUGCCGCCGUGGAAGGCGGUGUUGUGCGGCGAACAGAGGCAGCAGAUCUGGUCGGAGUUUCGGAGGAUCCGAGAGAGGGAGGAAUCGGAGUCGGAGGACUUAUUUAAGGUGAUAUGUGGCGUUUUGAAGAAGGACAUGGCGGAGGAGAUGAGUGGAUGGGGGGAAUGGGCGGUGGAGAUGGGAGAUGUGGUGUUGGACCUUGAACGUCACGUGUUUAAAGAUCUCAUUGGCGAAACUAUUCGAGAACUCGCUUCCUUUUCCCCGCAAUGUAGUAACAAGCUAUCCGCGCUUCGUAGGAAGCUCGUCUUUUGAAUUCCAUUCACAAAUCUCUAAGAAAAUUCAAAAAAGCAGAGAAAGAGUCGCACGCUUUGUUUAAAUUUUCGCGCGCUUUCCCUUUUUCUUUUGGCUUGCUUUCUGUCAAUGACGAAAUCAGGAAUUUGAAACCUGAAAUAUAGGGCAAAUCUGACCUUGGCUUUCUGUUAAUUUAUGUGGUGGGGGUGAUCAGAUAUUAUAGAACUCUAUGCGUAGG